AUAUAAAACAGAAGUUUGCAGUUUGCAACAUGGGAUUCUUUCUGGCAAACAUUCUUCAUCCACUCCACUUAACUUACUUCACUUGUAGUAAACUCUCUUCCAUUAAACAAACUCUGUAUCUGAAUUUAAAGUACACCCAAAUCCCAACAACCCAUUUGAAGAUCUUUUAAACUACUCAAACUUGCAGCAGUUUCUUAAAUCACUCAUACUUUGAGGGUAUGUAGAUCCAGUCAUCAAGAAAUUUUGAUUUUUUUUAUAAGUAAAUGGCAAGAAGAAGAUGGUUGAGUCUAAUCAAGAGGUUCUUCAUCUCAGAAACAUGUGAAAAGAGAGUAAAGGAAAAGAGGACAAGAUGGGUGUUUGGGAGGCAUAAACUGAAGAGGUUAACUUCACAAUCUACACUAAUAGAGAGGCCUCAAUCAGCAGAAACAAAGGUGAAACCUGAUGGUGGUGUUGUGGGUCAAGAAACUGAUGAAUCGAAACUCGUAUCGAGUCGGAAGAUUGGUGUUAAGGAAAGGGAAAAUGGUGCAGCCAUCAAGAUUCAAACGGCUUUUCGGGGAUUUCUUGCAAGAAAAGCUUUAAGGGCAUUAAAGGGACUAGUGAAGCUACAAGCUAUAAUUCGUGGGCAUUUAGUUAGACGCCAGGCGGUCACAACUCUAAUGCGGUUGCAAUCGGUUGUAAAUAUUCACUCACAAGCAUGUGCAAAGAGAGUACAUGUAGCAGACUGCAAUUUCCAUAAUAACUAUCAAGAAAGUAGAGGAAAGGAUAUAAAGAUGGAUAUGAACAGUCAGAGGCGGUGGGACGGCAGUAUUUUAACAAAGGAAGAGGAGGAAGCUAUGUGGUGCAGUAAAAGAGAAGCAGCUCUGAAGAGAGAAAGGAUCAAAGAGUAUGCAUUUAACCACAGAAUGUCAUCAGAAUCCGAACAAAGCAAAGUAAAUAUGAAAUGGAGGUACUGGUUAGAACAUUGGGUGGAUACCCAACUAGCCAAAAGAGAAGAUCUUCAAAAUCUAGGAAAAAAAGAAGAUUUCGAAAUUCAAAAAGUCAAACUAAGAAAUCUCAAGCUAACAGAUGGCUCAAACUAUCCCCCAAAAACAACCCGUCACAGAAAACAACGUUCCAUCGGAGAAGAACAUUUGGGUUCAACUUCACCCAUGUUCCCUACUUACAUGGCUGCAACCGAAUCCGCACGAGCCAAAGCCAGAUCGUUGAGCUCACCAAGGCUAAGACCGUUAAGUGUUGAUACUUGGUCUGCAAGCAAUUCUCCAUAUAAGCAUAAGCUGUUGUCUCCUAUAUCUUCUAUCAAUAGUGAUGCUGGCAGUAGUCGGGUUUGGAACGCUAAUGCGCGUGCAGGGUUUUCGCAAAGAUCACCGAGCCUAAAAGGGAGCCCGGGUCAUGUGAAACCAAACCGGAGUUCGAAAAAUCUCAGUUUUAAUUCAGAAUCUGCAGUACCAAAUUGGGAUCAAAAUGACCAUUUGAGAUGAUUGAUGAUACCAGGUAAUCCGUAAAUCGUAAAUCUUUCCUGCACUUGUUAGUGUGCAAGUAGACCAAGUGAAACUUCAUACUAGUAACGGUUUUCUUGACUUGUUUUGUUGCAUUCGUUAUAAUUUUCAGUGAAAUUAUUUAUCAUGAUUAUGUUGAUAAUAUUUUCUUACCCA